GUUCCAGGUGGCUCCAUGUGCCCCCAAUCAUUUUGCAACUGGGUUGCCUUGCUGCCUCAUAAUCACACCAGCCAAACAAAUCGUGGUGAAAUUGAGAAGAAAAGGAAGAGAAACCUGCAGGAAAACAGCUCUUGGCGGCUGAAAUCCCGAUAUAAUUGGAAAACCAGGGGCCACUGGUGGCGCUGGUGCCUGGUGGUGCUCUCAGCUUUGGGACGGGGAAAUCUGCGCUGUCUCCACCGCGGAUUUUGUGUGUUCGUGUGGGCACUGAGCAAAAGAUCCCUUCUUGGGUGGUUCUUGGAGAUUGCUGGGGGGAUGCAGCACGACCAGAAGAAGAAGGCACCUUCGGAAAUGGAUUUUUUCACAGAGUAUGGUGAGGGAAGCAGGUACAAGAUAGAAGAGGUCAUAGGAAAGGGGAGUUACGGUGUGGUCUGCUCUGCUCUGGACACUCAUACUGGCGAAAAAGUCGCUAUAAAGAAGAUAAAUGACAUCUUUGAACAUGUGUCUGAUGCAACACGGAUACUUCGCGAGAUCAAGUUGCUUAGACUCCUUCGGCAUCCGGAUAUUGUGGAAAUAAAGCAUAUUCUACUUCCUCCGUCAAGGAGAGAAUUCAGGGAUAUAUAUGUUGUUUUUGAACUCAUGGAGUCUGAUUUGCACCAAGUUAUAAAGGCUAACGAUGACUUGACCCCAGAGCAUUAUCAGUUUUUCUUAUAUCAGUUGCUUCGAGGAUUGAAAUACAUACAUACAGCAAAUGUAUUUCAUCGAGAUCUCAAACCAAAAAAUAUUCUGGCGAAUUCUGAUUGUAAGCUCAAAAUAUGCGAUUUUGGCCUAGCAAGAGUAGCUUUCAGCGAUACUCCAACUGCCAUCUUUUGGACGGAUUAUGUUGCAACUAGGUGGUACCGAGCACCUGAGCUGUGUGGAUCGUUUUUCUCCAAGUAUACACCAGCGAUAGAUAUAUGGAGUAUUGGCUGUAUAUUUGCAGAACUAUUAACUGGAAAACCUCUUUUCCCUGGGAAAAAUGUGGUACAUCAACUUGAUAUUAUUACAGAUCUCCUGGGAACACCGUCUCCAGAAGCAAUAUCUAGGAUUCGUAAUGAGAAGGCCAGGCGCUACUUGAGCAGUAUGAGGCGGAAAAAGCCUGUACCAUUUACGCAGAAGUUCCCAAAUGCAGAUCCACUUGCACUAAGUUUGUUAGAGCGAAUGCUAGCUUUUGAGCCGAAAGACCGGCCAAGUGCUGAAGAGGCACUUGCUGAUCCUUAUUUCAAGAAUAUAGCCAAUGUGGAUAGAGAACCUUCUGCACAGGCUGUCACAAAGCUGGAAUUUGAGUUUGAGAGGCGGAGAGUUACAAAGGAAGACAUAAGGGAACUCAUAUAUAGAGAAAUUCUGGAGUAUCAUCCAAAGAUGUUGAGAGAAUUUCUUGAGGGGACUGAGUCAAGUGGUUUCAUGUACCCAAGUGCAGUAGAUCAUUUUAAGAAGCAGUUUGCAUACCUUGAAGAACAUUAUGCCAAGGGAUCUACAGGAACUCCACCUGAGAGACAACAUAAUUCAUUGCCACGGCCUUCUGUUAUAUAUUCGGAUAGCCAACCACAAAGCACAGCCAACAUCACUGAGGAUCUUUCCAAGUGUUUAAUGAGAGAAAAUACACAGCAACAUUCUGCUUCAGUUGGUGCAAGUAAAGUUGCACUUCAUGUUCCUCAAGGUGCUGCUGCGAGGCCUGGUAAAGCGGUUGGUUCAGUGCUGCAGUACAACUCCUGUUCAACACGUGCUGCUGAUCAAUAUGAGCAACGAAGGGUUGCUAGAAACACUGCGGUUGCUCCAAACAAUGUCCCUUCUGGAAAUUCGUACCCCAGAAGAAAUCAGACCUGCAAGAGUGAGACAGGUGACCCUGGAAGGAUCGACGUGAACCAAGCCGGUCAGCCAAAGCCAUAUGCAGCAAACAAACUACCUGCUACUGUCGACGGUAGCGGUGGCCACUGGUAGAUUUCCGCAGUGCACCAACAAAACAUUUCUUAGGGUGGCAUCAGCAUGCCGUUGCCGGCCACAGGGAAGGAAUAGCUGAGAGAGACAAGUGUAACGUAGCAAACAAAUUAGGGAAAAUUGCAUAUUUGUGACCUCCAAUUAGAUAUUUGCCACUGGUGUGACCUCCAAUUGCAUAUUUGCCAUCCAAAAAAUGGCUUCCAUCUGCUACUAUUUUGGCUGUGUAUUGUAGUUAUGUAAAGGUUGAGGAUAAAUUCUUAUUCGUUUGUAUCAUCUAGAUGUAACAAUGAAAAUUUAAUAAGGCUUUUUUUUUAACAAAA